CGUGGUCUCGUUGCAAACUUCCGGUGAAAUCUAAUGGUGAAUGUAAGUGCGGCACGGCGAGGUGGAGGAGAUUCGGACCAUUCCGAGAGAAUAUUAGGUCAAGAAAAACAUUCUCAUUUUUGUAAAUAAGGAAAGCUAGCCUUUCCUGAUGCUGCCUCUAAUGGAGGAGUUAAACCCACUGAAAAUGACAAAUGGUGCUCUUGGAAAUGUUGCAAGGGCUGAUAUAUGGCCCAUGGCAAACAUGGGCAGCAACAGGAGCCUUGAUGAAAGUGAUGCUUCCAUGCGGCAAAGACUUGUCAAUAGUCUAAGCCAGAGCUUCCCAGGGAGUGCGCUGUCACGUGCUCUCAAUUAUAUGGACUCUGAUUCCGAAGAUAUGAAGACCGAUCCUCUGAGUAACAGUUGUUUCACAGAACUACGCCUUGAUAAAGGGCCCAUGGAUGAAGACGAUGAACUAACAAGCCUUGCGUGGCUGCAGGACACCAAUUUGAUCAAGAACAUUAAUGCUGGUGAGGUGGAUGACCAGCUAACAGAUGAGGACGGACAAAAAGAAAAUGGAGACAUACAAGCUGUGGUCCCUGCAUCAACCCCAAUACACCCACCCCAUGUACCAUAUAAUCCUCAAAAACAUAUCAACAAUAAACCCCCUUAUUCCUUUAGUUGCCUAAUUUUUAUGGCAAUUGAGGAAUCCCCACAGAAAAGCUUGCCUGUCAAAGACAUCUACUCUUGGAUAUUAAAGAAUUUCCCUUACUUCCUAAGCGCACCAACAGGUUGGAAAAAUUCAGUGCGGCAUAAUUUGUCACUGAAUAAAUGCUUCAAGAAGGUUGAGAAAGAAAAAGGCCAGAGUAUUGGCAAGGGUUCUCUCUGGUGCAUUGAUCCUGAUUAUCGACCCAACCUGCUCCAGGCCCUACGUAAAACGCCAUACCACCCUUACCAUCAAUUACAGAUGCUGGCCGGUAAUCAGACAGCUCAAACAAACUCCAAUAGUAAUCAAUACAAUGUGAAACCUGUGCCACUGGCCCCCAAAUUUAGCCCUAACAGCCUUUCACUUUCUCAUCUCUUCCCAUUUUUAAGCAAAAGGUUAGCUCAGUCUGGCUGUGAUACAGAUUCUGACAUCCAUGAUGUGGCAUAUACCUUGAUGUCUAUGAAAGGACUUAAUAAACAAAAUUCCAGACGAUCUGGAGAUGUGGAGAACUCAGGUGAAAAUAAUACUCGUUUGAAACUGAAAAGAAAACAAAGAGGUGCUCCAUAUGGUCCUGUUCGCAAAAAGCAAGCUGGCCCAAUUGUAUGUACCAGCAGCCCGAGUGAGGAUCACAACUACAGUGCCACAUCAACUCAAGCAACAGACGACGACAGCUAUGAUGUAUCCAGCUCUUCUAUCGAUGAUGAGUACGACUUUGGCCCUGAACCAGAUGAAGGUGAAGAUGAUGAGGAUGCCUACAGUGACUUUGACAGCUACCACAGUGAUUUUGAUGAAGAAGAGAGCUUCAGCGAAGAGGACACUGGGAACCGCCCACACCAGGCUAAUGGCUCUCAGCAAGCAGUGUCUUCAAACACAUCAGUUAUUACGUCUGUUGUCAGUAUGACAACUGCAAGCCCAAGCAUCGACUCUGCAACAAAGACUGUCACAAAAGAAGGAUUUCCUUUCGUUCCGCAGUCAGGUAAAAAUGCUAAUGAAGCUAGGGACAAAUUCAUUAACAGACAACACCGCAGUAAGAAGCGGUUGCCCAUUCUCGAUGAAGAUGAGAAGAAGAAAAUUGCCGAGGGUGCAGAUGCACUUUUGAACCUGGCAGGGAUCAAGACAACUCAGAUAACGAAAACAUCUACCACAGCUGCAGUUGCAGUCGUUGCAACGACAGCCACUACAAACACAUCACUCUCACUAACCCCUACACCAGCCAUUGAAGCACCGACAUUUACCGUGAUUGGUUCACAAGAUUCAACCUUAUUGAAUGGCUCAGAAACAUGGACAACAGAGCUUUGCAGCUCGGUGCUUGAGACAUCUGCCAACCAAAAUAAUGUUUCAGUACUCCAGCCCUCCACCACCACCACCACUUCCACCACCACCACCACCACUAAUCAACAGAAUGUCUUGGUUUUAGGUUCUCAAGAUAUAAAUCAAAUAAGAGUGAUUGAUAGAACAAUUCCAUCUUAUUCUUGCUGUAAUUGUUUUUGCUCCCUCAAGUUUGUAUUCAUUAUGUACUGUGUUUUCCUUCACCGAAAUGUGUUGUUUUACAUCUGCAACCUGGUCACUGGGUCUGUACCAUAG